GGGCGGGGCCUGGGAGGACCUUGGGCUUGCGGGGCUGGGCAGGCGCCGAGGGCUCGGGCUCAGAGCGCUGGAGUCGCCUUCUUCAAGCUCCCUGGGGCUGCCCUGCCCCGGCCUCCGCCCUGGCCCCUGGCGGCGAGUAGACCGCAGCCUGGUGAGCCCGGAGGAAGGCUGCGAGGAGGAAGGAAGGCGGGCUCGGCCGCGCAGUUCUCAGUCGUCCUUCCUGUCCCACCGCAGGGUCGUGCGAGGCGGGCCCGGCCACCAGGGGACAGUGACAGCGGCCGCGCGUGUGUUCCGCGGGGCGGGCAUGGAGGGCACGGAGCUGGCCGCCAAGGUGCUCUCCACCUGGCUGACGCUGGUGCUCGGCCUCAUCCUGCUGCCCUCGGCCUUCGGGGUGUCACUGGGCAUCUCCGAGGUCUACAUGAAGAUCCUGGUGAAGACUCUGGAGUGGGCCACACUCCGAAUUGAAAAAGGUGCCCCAAAGGACUCGAUGCUUAAAAAUUCCGCUUCUGUCGGUUGGUAUCUGUUGGUUCCUCUUUCUGCUACAUUGUGGUCACAAGUCUGCUCCAGUAUUAUCCAAAGAGAUGAAUCACCUAUGGAGAAAGGGCUCUCUGGUCUUCGAGGAAGGGAGUUUGAGCUCUCUGACGUGUUUUAUUUCUCCAAGAAGGGGUUGGAAGCCAUUGUGGAAGAUGAAGUGACACAGAGGUUCUCCUCAGAGGAGCUAGUGUCCUGGAAUCUCCUCACUAGAACCAAUACCAACUUCCACUACAUCAGCCCUCGGCUUACUCUGGUGUGGGUGCUGGGUGUCGUAAUCCGCUAUUGUCUCCUCCUGCCUCUGAGGAUUACCCUGGCUUUCAUUGGGAUCAACCUGCUGGUUAUAGGGACGACUCUGGUUGGGCAGCUGCCAGAUAGCAGCUUCAAGAGCCAGCUGAGCCAAGUGGUGCAUCUAACCUGCUGCCGGAUCUGUGUGCGCGCCCUCUCGGGGACCAUUCAUUACCACAACAAGCAGCACCGGCCCCAGAAGGGCGGCAUUUGUGUCGCCAACCACACGUCACCCAUCGAUGUGUUGAUCCUGACAACUGAUGGAUGCUAUGCGAUGGUUGGUCAAGUUCACGGUGGAUUGAUGGGGGUUAUUCAGAGAGCCAUGGUCAAGGCAUGUCCUCAUGUCUGGUUUGAGCGCUCAGAGAUGAAGGAUCGACACCUGGUUACCAAGAGACUAAAGGAACAUAUUGCUGAUAAGAAAAAAUUGCCCAUAUUAAUCUUCCCUGAAGGGACCUGCAUCAACAAUACUUCGGUCAUGAUGUUUAAAAAAGGAAGCUUUGAGAUCGGAGGAACUAUACAUCCAGUCGCAAUCAAGUAUAACCCCCAGUUUGGUGAUGCCUUUUGGAACAGCAGUAAAUACAACAUAGUGAGCUACCUGCUUCGCGUGAUGACCAGCUGGGCCAUCGUCUGUGACGUGUGGUACCUGCCACCCAUGACCAGAGAGGAAGGAGAAGAUGCUGUGCAGUUCGCAAACAGAGUUAAGUCUGCUAUUGCUGUGCAAGGAGGAUUGACCGAACUUCCCUGGGAUGGCGGGCUGAAGAGAGCCAAAGUGAAGGACACCUUUAAGGAGGAGCAGCAGAAGAAUUACAGCAAGAUGAUCGUGGGCAACGGUGCCCUGGAACUGGACGGGUGACCCCCAGGAGCACUUGGCAUCCCAUGCCACUCUUACAAAUGCGUGAUUGGGGGAUUUGUUUUGGUUGUUUUUAAACAAUUGAUUCUGCUUCUUUGUAGUUUUGAUGUUUUGAGACAGGGUUUUGCUAUGUAGUUCAGGCUGGCCUUGAAUUAUAUAGCCCCGCUGGCCUUGAACUUGUGGCAAUCCUGCCUCAGCCUCAUGUGUGUAGUGGGGUUUUUUUUGGGUACUGGGAAUUGAACUCAGGACCUCGUUCUUGCCAGGCAAGUGCUGUGGCUCUGAGCUGUAUCUCCAGCCCAUAAUGUUUUGCUGUUAUUAUUAAUCUUUUCUAUAGAAUGAUUGUCUGUACCUCUUGAUGCCAGAGGCAGAGCCAGCAGGUGCCCUUUGGGUCCUUGUCAUUGCUCCAGCAUGAACCGGGGCCUGAGUUUCCUGAGUUAGAGCAGAUUCUGACCUCUGUGAAAGGCCAGUGUCAUGGGCAGUGGGAUGAAGGAAGAGCUUCCGGAGUGUGUUCGCAGCGUGUUGAUAGACUAAUUCUCCACGUCCACCCUGUUCCCUGACUUGCUUCCCCACACCUUUCACUCCGGCGUGGGUGGGCACCACCCUGGGGUGAGGGUGCCGUCCUGGUGGUGUCCCUGCUGCAGGGCCGGCUGUGGGUUCAGGGGUGGGUUCUGGUCUGAAGGUGGAGAGGAAAUGUUCGUUAUCUUCUAUUAAUGUGUUGCAAGAGAACUGCUUUUUGGUUCUUCCCAAGGGAAAACGGUGGCCCCGGGUGAGGGUGUUUAUGUGUGGGGACACGCGGCACAUUUCAUCCUGCCAGCAGUCACAGAGGGCUCGGCUGUUUCCGUUUGUCUGCUGAAUGCACCCUCCUGUUGACAGGUGUGUUUGCUUUUCUAACUAAACAUGUUUUUAAGUGGAAUCUUUAAAAUGCCAUUGGUUGGGGGUUUAGCUCAGUGGCAUAAGCGCCUGCCUUGCAAGCAGGCAGUCGUGAGUUCGAUCCCUGGUACCGAUAAAAACGAAAAAGACAAAAAAAAAAAAAAAAAAAAAAAAAAAGAAUGAGGGAAGUGUGUAAAGUCCCCUUCCACCCUCCAGCCCUGUCUGGUUUAUUCUUCAACUUCAGAAAAAUAAGUAAAGCAAUUGCCUUUUGAGAACUGAGCCUUAAGUUUUUUAAAGAGAGAAAGAAGCUUCCCCAACAGAAAUAAACUUAGCAAUGUUUGGUAGCAAUAUAAUGUACAGAAUGUGAACUAUCUCACCGUGGAUAUAAAUAAAUUUUAUAUUUUUAAA